AUGACGUCAUUAAAGCACGGUGUCAAUUUGAGCCGGCGCGCCUGCAGGCGAUCCCUCGUGUGGGGCGCGAUAGCCGCUGCCCUCCUGUCCAACAUACAAUGCAAUCCUGUCGAAAGCACCACGAAACAAAGUCCGUCCAUAACAGUCGAUGGGAUUUCCACAUACCCCGGCCUGGGGUUCGGGCCCAUGGGUCCCGUGGCGCCGUUGCCUGGAGAACCACCAGGCACUCAACUUCGCCAACACCAGGAUACUACCACUAAUUUACCAAGUACAGAAACACCAGAGAAGAAGGUGAAGAAAUUAGUCAUUGCAGCCUUUGAAUUUCAUCGGGUUGAAACGCCUUUCUUAAUAGGAUUAUGGAUUUUCUUCGCUAGCAUAGCAAAAAUAGGAUUUCACAUGGCGCCGAAGUUGUCCAAAAUGUUUCCCGAGUCUUGUCUUCUAAUAUUUGUAGGGGUCCUCAUAGGGGCUCUACUAUUAAGUACGCACAGUGUACAUGUGCAGCCAUUGACACCAGAUACUUUCUUUUUAUACAUGCUGCCACCUAUCAUCCUAGACGCCGGCUACUUCAUGCCAAAUAGAUUGUUUUUUGAUCACCUUGGAACAAUUCUGUUAUUUGCGGUGGUCGGGACUGUGUUCAACACCCUGACUAUUGGGGCGUCCCUCUGGGCUUGUGGUCAGACCGGAAUGUUUGGGUGCACAACCCCUCUUUUAGACAUGCUCUUAUUCGCUGCCCUAAUAUCUGCAGUGGACCCAGUAGCGGUGCUAGCCGUUUUUGAAGAAAUCCAUGUAGAUGAAGUACUGUACAUAGUAGUAUUUGGCGAAUCGUUAUUAAAUGAUGCCGUUACAGUUGUUUUGUAUCAUAUGUUUGAAGCGUAUACAGAAAUGGGACCAUCGCGUCUUGAAUACACAGACUUUCUAGCUGGCCUCGCAUCAUUCCUUGUUGUGGCUGUUGGCGGCACAUGCAUUGGAGUCGUUUGGGGCUUCGCCACAGGUCUCGUCACUCGUUUCACACACGAAGUCAGAGUAAUCGAGCCAAUCUUUAUAUUUGUCAUGGCUUACUUGGCGUAUCUAAAUGCUGAGAUGUUCCACAUGAGCGGAAUACUUGCCAUAACAUUUUGUGGUAUAACAAUGAAGAACUAUGUCGAAGCGAACAUAUCUCACAAAUCGCAUACCACUAUAAAAUACACUAUGAAAAUGCUGUCUUCGUCUUCCGAAACAAUCAUUUUCAUGUUCCUAGGUGUAGCUACUGUAAAUAAUAACCACGAUUGGAACACGUGGUUUGUUUUAUUAACCAUCGUAUUCUGCUCAAUAUUUCGAAUAAUAGGUGUGUACAUAUUUAGUGCCAUAGCUAACAAGUUCCGUUUGCAUAAAUUGAAUAGAGUGGAAAAGUUUGUUAUGUCUUACGGAGGUCUUCGAGGUGCAGUAGCUUUCGCUCUAGUUCUACUAAUAGAUCCUGAGGUUGUAGAACUACAACCAAUGUUUGUGACUACAACUAUAGCAGUGAUAUAUUUCACUGUGUUCAUACAAGGCAUCACCAUUAAGCCUCUAGUUAAAAUACUUAAUGUUAAAACUGCAGAGAAGAGAAAGCCUACAAUGAACGAACGAAUUCAUGAACGGUUCAUGGACCAUCUAAUGGCUGGUAUUGAAGACAUUCUUGGAAAACAUGGCAACCACCAUAUGAGGGACAAGUUCAAAAGAUUUGAUAAUCGUUUUAUAAGGCCGUUCUUACUUAGAAAUUAUCAGGGUGCAGAACCUAAGAUUUUAGAAACUUACUCAAAGUUGGCAAUGAAAGAUGCCAUAGAAUACAUGCAGAGAAAUGCAUCUACCAUAGGAAAUAUAUCUGGAGCCGAAUCAAUGUCAGCUAUAUUCAAAAACUAUACAAAUGCCAACUUUAAUGGAAGUCCGAGCUUCAGUCAAUUGGAUUCGUCAACGUGGAACAUUGAUAUGCAGGAACUGGAAUACAAUCCGUCGAAAAAAGACCUGACUGACGCCAAGAUACAUCACCUUCUUGCCGAAGAACUUUGCAAGCCAUUUAGACGCCAUCGUCGCCUGAGCUACAGUCGUCAUGCGGUAAACGAUCGCGACCUCGGCACGCAAGUCAAUUACAAGACCCAUAUGAAUAUACGGCGACGGGUUGGUGAUAGGAAACAUCAUCACAAACGUAGUAAACGUGGAAAGCAGGAUGGAAAAAAUCAUGUGACUUUCCCUGAAUUCCAGCAAAACGGUUCGGCUAAACAGUUCACGCACGGUAAAAUAAAGUAUUAUAGAUUAGACUAUAUAGACGAGGUACUUCAAGAGGAGGGAGACGAGCGCGAGGUGGGACAACGUCGCGAAGGUGACGACGGCGGUAUUACAUUCACUGCCAAAUCCCCGCCUGGAUACAAAGAAGUCAGUCCGACGUCCUCGCAUAAAGAAAAUAGUAGUUCACUUUUAAAUCAACUGGCUAACCUGCCCGGAUUCAAUCCCUUGAAAGCGAGGAUUGUUAAGCAGUACGCUAAAACACCCGAAGAGAUCCUCCCGACAGCUGUUGAGAAAUCCUUACCGUGGAGAAGGGACAGAUCCACGUAUAACUUUGUUCCUAACGAGGAUAUUUUAGAAGAGGACGAAAGAAGACUGUCCGAUGAUAAUGACACCUACAUGAUAGUAGCUGAGCACGCUCGCGUAGCCACCCCAACGGCAACGGAGACCAUGCUGCCAUGGAAACGAGAGAAAUGGAGGGGUCCGGCUGCGGGGCCCUAAAACAAUCAGAGUUCCCUGCAUGGGCCUCGAACAAAGAGUACUUAGCGUAUAGCUCCCCUUCGGCUACGUUCUUAGGAGGCAUAGAGAAGCCAAAACAUCCAAAAUCUAUCAUAGGUCUCUUCCGAAGAGAGAGCUCUAGUUCUACACAAGGUGCAGCGGAGAGUGUGGUUCUAUCAGACUCAGAAGCAAAUAGAGAUAGUUGGAAUAAGGGAGAGGGGACAUCAAAAGAUACGGGAGCCAGACAAGGGCCAAGUUUGUUGUCCAAGAGGAGCACGAGCCUGGGAGGUCCGUCGGUAUUAUUGAUGGAGGAUGUAGCGCACUCAGAUCCCCUCGGUGCGUCUAGCAGACCAGCCAGCAUCAUGCAGGGACCACACAGAGGACAAUGUAGAAGAGGAUCAAUGUUAGAGUUAACUGGGUCAUUAUCUCGUGAUGCUAUCACAGAAGAGAAAUGCAGCAAAUCACUGCCAGAAAGUGAGCGAAUGGGUGUGAGACGGCUACCUCUCGGACAACAGAGUCUACCGAGGGAGCCAUUUAUCCGGCAGCUAACAAUGGCAUCCACGCUGAACACCAGCUCUUCGUCUGACGACUCCUCAGACGAGAACACCUGA